GGUCCGCGCUGCCCCUCGCUGGCCGACGUGUUGGAGGGGCUGCAGGACGUGGAACGCUACUACCGGCACCUGUAUUUGGAGAGCAAACUGCUCCUGCAGCGCCUCAGCUUGGACAGCCUGGCACACGUGGAAGCUCUCCCGCAGUCCUGGGAGAGGAUUUUGGAGCGCUACAAAGAAGAUGACGUGGUUCAAGACACGCGCCUGAAGGUCUCGCUGUUUGUGGAGAACCAUUGCGAGGUGAGCUGCUCACCUGGCUCCUGACAGGGACUGCUGCUUCUGGCGUGUUCUGCGAUGCUGCAAGGGGCAUGGAGGAAUUGAGGGAGCUCUCCUGGUGCUUUUUGGAAGCUGAACAAUUUGAGUCUUGGCCUCAACAUAAAAUACUUGAACUGUGCCAUUUUCAAGUGGAAAUGGCCUUGGUCUCUGAAGAAGAGGCUGAGCUGAAAAAGCCAUGAGGAUAGAAGGGAGUCAUCUCCAGCUGUGGAACUUAUAAUUUCUUUCUCCUGACGUAGAUGUUUUGUAUCAUGGAAAAAAUGUUGAUACUUACCUACAUGAGGUGCUGCAGAUGUGUGAGUGUAACAGUCCUUCAGGCUGGUGCCAUGAAAGAUACAUGGGCUCUGUCCUUAGAAAUAAAGAAAAUAUGUCAGAUUAGUGCUUAGAAACAGCAGUCACCUCAUGUCCUUGAGCAGCAUUUGCAUUCAUCCCAUCUGGGCGUGGAGGAGGAAGGAAGCAAAUCUGGCUUGAAAAUGUAAUUAUGCACAGAUGCCUGAGUUCUGACACAGGCAGUUUUCAAGGGUGUUGCAAUACACUGCUCUGAUACCACUGAAAUCAGUCUUAAAAGUCUCAGUGACACCUUUUGACAGUGACAGUUCAGUGACACCUUUUGUGGGCCAUGGCACUGAUACUCUGAACGUUCCUGGGAAGCAGUGGCGUGUUUGUCUCUAAAUUAAAUUAUGUAUUUGGUAAGGAGCUGCAGUUUCUCGGAGAAAGCCAAUAAAGAAUUGCACCGGACACGU